CUAGCAGCUGAUUGGCUAUUCGGGGCCCGGGAUGACACUGGGAUGAGGACCUGGGAGUCUGCGGGAUUGCGUUACUGGGAUGGCGAUAGGGACUUUUUACUACGUGCCAGGCACUUCGAUAAACAAACGCAGGGAGAAAAAUAGCCCUGUCCUCCAGUAGCUUACAUUCUAAAGAGGCAAGGCAAGCUUACAAAAGGAAACCGAAAGGGGGAAGAAGGGGUCAAGGUACCUGCUUGGGGACAUAGAAAGUCAGAGACGUUGCAGCCUAGAAAGGAAUGAACGAAAGGAGAGGCUGUGGGCGGUAAGAGUUGUGUUUUGGAUAUGCUGAGUUCGACAUACUUAAGGCUCAUCCAGUCCAGCUCCACUGAUUGGACAACGAAGCAGAAGGGCCGUAUUCCGAGGAUGGAGGAGGGGAAGUUUUCCAGCAAUGUCUUCUUCCCCCUCCCCCAACUGCAUCCCUGGGCUCCCGAGAGACGAAACCUCGAGCUCAGAAGCGCAGGAAGGACUGGGAGGGGCGGGACCAGGAGGGCGGGACCUCCCAGGAUCCGCGACCCCGUUUCCAUGACAACAUCCCUAGCGACCUCAAACUGAGAGACGGCGAGCAUGGCGGCUCACUCCGGGUACAAGCCCAAUUUCACGUUCAGGUUCCUUCCUCAGAGAGCCUUCCAGUCGCUCACCUCCCCCGAGACGGUCCAGCGCCUGCGGAAGUGGUCCAUGCAAGGAAGAAUCUGCGCGCAGGCGUUCGGUUUUGACGAGAAUUUCCAGUCCUAUUACAAAGAUGAUUUCUUAAUGGCUUUUUUUAGAGACCCAAAUGUUAUUUCAGAUUUGAAAUUACUUUCAGAUUCUUCUGGACGAUGGAUUAACUUAGGAACAGAAGUAAAAAAAGUUGAAGCCAUAAAUAUUCCCUGCACACAAAUUUCAAUGUCAUUUUUUGACCGAUUAUAUUCUGAAGAAAUUGUUCGAGAAAGUGGACAUAUUGUUAAGUGUUUGGAUAAUUUUUGUGAUCCUUUUCUCGUUUCUGAUGAGUUAAGAAAAGUUUUACUAAUGGAAGACUCAGAAAAAUACGAAAUUUUCAGCCAAUUAGAUCGUCAAGAGUUCCUUUUUUGUAUUUUUAAACAUCUUUGCCUUGGUGGACUUCUUUGUCAGUAUGAAGAUAUUCUUGACCCGUAUCUGGAAACAACAAAAGCUAUCUAUAAGGAUCUUGUCAGUGUUAUAAAGGACCCUCAGACCAAGACUAUACGUGUUACUUCUAUUGUCUUUAAGGUUACAGCAUAUGAUGAAAAUGGUACGUGUUACCCUUCAACAAAAAGUCAUGAACAAUCGUUUGCUUACUUGGUUGUGGAUCCUUUAAAACGUCACAUUAAUGUAUUAUACCAUUGCGUUGGUGUAGGUGAACUGUCUUUCUAAUUUAUAACCCCAAGUAUAUGUACAGCUAUUCUUCUGUAUAUUAAUCAUUUCAUAAUGCUUUAUGUGCAGUUUGGUAGAAGAACUCAACUUCUGACCAGAAUUCAGUUUUUAAUUCACUUCACAUAAAAAUGUGUGUGCUUCAGAAAAAAAGAAAAAAAAAGGAUAAUAAAGUUCCAUUCCUCCUUA